AUGGCCACCACAGCGACGAACCUGGGCUCAACCUGCGGCUUCACUACCCGCCUCUCCCUCCGCUGGGUCCCAGAGCCCCCAGAAGAAACAACCGAUACAAUCGUCAUAUCUGUGGGGGAAUGGUUCAUCGACCUGCGAAUGGACAAGAAGUCCGGCGCAAUUGACUGGGCGAUGGCCGGCACAAUGGUCGCAGAGAAUCCGAAUGAAACACCGCUCAAGAUCAACUUCACACGCGAGCUGGACUCUCUCAAUGAGAUUGGCAUGGUCGAUUCGGCUUCAUUCAGCGCCCUUCCUAAUGGCGAUGAUCUCGAGACGGGCGAGAUGCCUCAUCCCGAACUUCCCGGUGCGCCCAUGACGGCCUUCGAGGAGGUUUGGCACAACCUGCCGUUUAGGGAGGGGCCUGAAGGCGCGAAGCAGGGUAUUUCGUGGAUUCUUGAAUCCGACGAUGAAGAUUUCCGUCAAAGUGAGGAAGAAGGGGAGGUUACCCUGACCAAGAUGUUCAUUGGUCGUGUUUGGGGGACGUAUCAGGCCUUCCAGCAGGUUCAGGUUCAUUCUCGACGAAAAGAUCAGGAUGGAAACUGGGUUUUUAAGAGGACUGGGGCUGAAGUCAGCGCUAGGAGGGAGGAAUUUAGCCCUGGUGCUGGAUGGGUAGAUAAGUAUGUGGUUGGACCCGAGGGGGCUUCUGUGCCCUCUAUGAAGACUGAAUUUGAUGGAGAGGGCCAGGGAUCCUGGAAAGUUCCCGGCGAGAAGGUGGUCAUUGAUGGGAAGUCCUUCAUUGUUCGGGCAUUUGAGGAGAUCAAACAACCGUGUCAAUAG